UCGCUGCACUGUAGUUCCAGGCAGAGCUGUAUCAGCUGUAAUGUAUUGCACCAUUGCCAGCUGAUCGUUCCUGUGCCUUUAAUCAAUGCACAUGCGGUCUCCUUGAAAUUACCAAACACAAGACAUCAGAAACGAAAGCUGAAUCCCCAUUUCACCGGUCCGUCACAGAAGAAAGCGAGUCCCAGAAGAGAUUCUUGGGUUAGAAACUCGAUAGGAGGCAGCCGAGCAGGCAGCUGAUCCGGCGCGUCUAAAAAUAAGCAGCGUACACUCAUAGAAUACUUCUCCAUUGCACGAAAAUCAGCGAAUAGGAAUCAAUGUGAACAAAUAACCAACGGGAUAUAUACAUAAAUAUAAUAUAUUGUUGUCGAGCCAGGCCUUCCAGAGCUGAACAAGAGUCAUGCCUCUCUCGUUCUGUGGUAACGAUAAUGCUUCAGCCUACAGUGUGGACGAUGGGGUCUUGGACAAUGGCUGUUUUGUUGAUGCUCUCAACCUGGUCCCCCAUGUCUUCCUGCUGUUCAUCACCUUCCCCAUAUUGUUCAUCGGCUGGGGGAGUCAGAGCUCUAAGGUCCAGAUCCAUCACAACACCUGGUUACACUUCCCGGGACACAACAUGAGGUGGAUCCUAACGUUUACACUUCUGUUCGUCCAUGUGUGUGAAACAGCUGAAGGGAUCGUUUCUGAUGGGUAUAUGAAAUCCCGCCACCUGCACCUUUUCCUGCCUGCGUUCAUGGGGUUCAUAGCUGCCACUACGUCUGUAGUCUACUAUCACAACAUCGAAACCUCCAACUUCCCCAAGCUGCUCCUGGCCCUGUUUAUCUACUGGGUGCUGGCGUUUAUCACGAAGACCAUCAAGCUGGUGAAGUACUACGAGCACAACUUUGGGAUCCAGCACCUGAGGUUCUGCAUCACAGCCAUGCUGGUCAUUCUGUAUGGACUGCUGAUGGCAGUGGAGAUCAAUGUGAUCAGGGUCAGGAGGUAUGUCUUUUUUGCAAACCCUCAGAAAGUAAAGCCCCCAGAGGACCUGCAAGAUUUGGGCGUCAGAUUCUUGCAGCCGUUUGUAAAUUUACUGUCCAAGGCCACGUACUGGUGGAUGAACCCGCUGAUCAUCGGCGCGCACAAGAGGCCGAUUGACCUGAAGAAGAUCGGGAAACUGCCCAUUGCGAUGAGGGCUUUGACUAACUACAUACGCCUGAAGGACGCCUAUGAGGAGCAAAGGAAGAUGGUGGCAGACCAGGCUGACAAGAGCCCAUCUAUCUGGAGGUCCAUGUACCAUGCGUUCGGGAGGCCCAUCCUCCUUAGCAGCACCUUCCGCUACCUGGCCGACCUGCUGGGCUUCGCUGGACCGCUCUGCAUCUACUGCAUCCUCAUGCGGCUCGGCGGCAGGAACAGCCCCGAGAGCAGCGAGCAGAAGAACGUCACGGCAAGUGGUUUGGGUGUCUAUUUCUUGUCGUCUCAUGAGCUGCUGGAGAACACUUUUGUUCUGGCAGUCCUCCUCUUCUUGGCUCUAAUUCUCCAGAGGACAUUUUUACAGGCCUCUUAUUACGUGACCAUUGAAACAGGAAUCAACCUUCGUGGGGCCUUGCUGGCUAUGAUAUACAACAAGAUGCUCCGCCUCUCCACGUCCAACAUGUCCAUGGGAGAGAUGACCCUGGGGCAGAUCAACAACCUGGUCGCCAUAGAAACAAACCAGCUCAUGUGGUUCCUGUUCCUGUGCCCAAAUUUGUGGGCUAUGCCCGUGCAGAUCAUCAUGGGAGUUAUCCUCUUGCAUUACCUGCUGGGUUUCAGCGCUCUGAUUGGUGCGUGUGUGAUAGUGCUCCUAGCUCCAAUUCAGUACUUCAUAGCAACCAAGCUGGCUGAUGCACAGAAGAGCACCCUGGAUUACUCCACAGACAGGCUGAAGAAGACCAAUGAGAUUCUGAAGGGCAUCAAGCUGCUGAAGCUGUAUGCUUGGGAGAACAUCUUCUGCAGCAGUGUGGAGGAGACCAGAGUGAAGGAGCUCACCAGCCUCAAAACGUUUGCGCUCUACACCUCGCUGUCCAUUUUCAUGAAUGCUGCCAUCCCGAUAGCAGCUGUGUUAGCGACGUUCGUGACCCACGCCUACACCAGUAAUACAGAGCUGAGCCCAGCCGCGGCAUUCGCAUCCUUAGCCCUGUUCCACAUCCUGGUCACGCCACUCUUCCUGCUGUCCACUGUCGUCAGGUUCGCAGUCAAAGCCAUCGUCAGCGUCCAGAAGCUGGGAGAGUUUCUGUUGAGUGACGAGAUAGGCGAUGACAGCUGGAGGAACGGAGAGACCUCGGUGUCUUUAGAGCCCUGUAAGAAACACCCCGGAGCUCACACCAAAGCCAUAAACAGGAAGCAGCCCCUGAGGUAUCAGCUGGAUAGCUUCGAGCAGCCAUCCCGAAGGCAGCCGCGUCCCACAGAGACUGAAGACAUCGCGGUCAAGGUGAAUAACGGAUUCUUCUCAUGGGGAAGCAACAUGGCAACAUUAUCGGACAUAAACAUGCGCAUCCCUACAGGGCAGUUGACUAUGAUCGUGGGUCAGGUGGGCUGUGGGAAGUCCUCUCUUCUCCUGGCAAUGCUUGGGGAGAUGCAGGCGACUGGUGGGAAAGUGCACUGGAGCAAACUACCUGAAUGUGAGCUGAUGCACGAGGGGAACCCAAGCUUUCAUGUCCCUGAGCCCUCGUUUGAAGCCAUGCAGAGUAAAAACAGGAACUCUGUGGCGUAUGCUGCUCAGAAGUCUUGGCUGCUGAACGCCACAGUGGAAGAGAACAUCACAUUCGGGAAUCCUUUUAACAAGCAGAGGUACAAAGCUGUCAUAGACACUUGCUCUCUGCAACCUGACAUCGACCUGUUGCCCUUUGGAGACCAGACGGAGAUAGGAGAAAGGGGAAUCAACCUGAGCGGAGGCCAGAGACAGAGGAUCUGUGUGGCACGAGCCCUCUAUCAGAACACAAACAUCGUGUUCCUGGAUGACCCCUUCUCUGCGCUGGAUAUCCACCUGAGUGACCACCUCAUGCAGGAGGGGAUCCUCAAGUUCCUGCAAGACGACAAGAGGACAGUGGUGCUGGUGACACACAAGCUGCAGUACCUGAUCCAUGCUGACUGGAUCAUUGCUAUGAAGGAUGGUACUUUGCUCAGAGAAGGAACGCUGAAGGAUAUCCAGAACAAUGACGUUGAGCUCUAUGAACACUGGAAGACGCUCAUGAACCGACAGGAUCAAGAAUUAGAGAAGGACACUGAUGUUGCUGACAGCCAGACAGCUCUGGAGAGGAAGAACCUCAGGAGAGCCUUGUACUCAAGAGAGGCCAAGUCGCAGAUUGACGAUGAAGACGAAGAGGAGGAGGAGGAGGAGGAUGACGAGGACACCAUGUCGAUGAUGACCAGCCGGCGCUCAAAGAUCCCCUGGAGGGUGUGCUGGAAGUACCUGACCUCGGGGGGCUUCAUGCUGCUCUUCAUGAUGAUCUUCUCCAAGCUGCUCAAGCACUCCGUCAUCGUUGCCAUCGACUACUGGCUGGCCACCUGGACCUCCAGAGCACAGAACACUUCUGUGAGCGCCAACAGCAGCGCCAACGGCACGCUCACAGACACGGUUCCUUUUGAUCUCUCCUACUACACCACCGGCUUCAGUAUUCUUUGCAGCUCUGGGAUUGUACUCUGCCUCAUCGCCUCGUUGACUGUGGAGUGGAUGGGUCUGUCCGCAGCCAGAAACCUCCAUCACAAUCUUCUCAACAAAAUCAUUCUAGCACCAAUCAGAUUUUUUGACAUCACACCCCUGGGCCAAAUACUGAACCGCUUUUCGGCUGACACCAACAUUAUUGAUCAGCACAUCCCUCCGACUCUGGAGUCCCUGACCCGCUCCACCCUGCUCUGUCUGUCAGCUAUCGGAGUCAUCGCCUUCGUCACGCCUGUCUUCCUCAUCGCCAUGCUGCCUCUGGGGGUCGCCUUCUACUUCAUACAGAAGUACUUCAGGGUCGCAUCCAAGGACCUGCAGGACCUGGACGACUCCACCCAGCUGCCACUGCUCUGCCACUUCUCUGAAACCGCUGAGGGCCUCACCACCAUCCGCGCAUUCAGACACGAGGCCCGUUUCAAGCAGCGCAUGCUGGAGCUGACUGACACAAACAACGUCGCCUACUUAUUUCUCUCUGCUGCCAACCGGUGGCUGGAGGUCAGAACGGAUUAUCUCGGUGCUGUGAUUGUACUCACAGCUGCUGUCGCAUCAAUAUAUACUUCUGAGAACAGACUUCAAUCAGGACUGGUGGGACUGGGACUCACCUACGCUCUUACAGUGACUAACUACCUGAACUGGGUUGUGAGGAGCCUGGCAGAUCUGGAGGUGCAGAUGGGAGCAGUGAAGAAAGUCAAUGGCUUCCUGAGCACGGAAUCAGAGAACUACGAGGGCUCUAUCGAUCUCUCUCAAGUUCCAGAGGACUGGCCUCAGCAAGGGGAGAUCAAGAUCCAGGGCCUGUCUGUGCGAUACGACUCCAUUCUGAAACCAGUGCUGAAGCAUGUAAACGCAUACAUCAACCCUGGACAAAAGGUUGGGAUCUGUGGCCGCACAGGCAGUGGAAAAUCCUCUCUCUCACUGGCCUUUUUCAGGAUGGUGGACAUGUUUGAAGGGAAGAUUAUCAUCGAUGGAAUAGACAUCAGCAAACUGCCUCUGCCCACCCUGCGGUCAAGACUGUCUAUUAUCCUGCAGGACCCUGUGCUGUUCAGCGGCUCCAUUCGGUUUAACUUGGACCCGGAGCGCACAUGCACGGAUGACAGACUCUGGGAGGCCCUGGAGAUUGCCCAGCUGAAGAACAUGGUCAAAUCACUGCCGGGCGGGCUGGACGCGGUGGUGACGGAGGGAGGGGAGAACUUCAGCGUGGGGCAGAGACAGCUCUUCUGUCUGGCCAGGGCCUUCGUGCGUAAGAGCAGCAUCCUCAUCAUGGACGAGGCCACGGCUUCCAUAGACAUGGCCACGGAGAACAUUUUACAGAAGGUAGUGAUGACAGCCUUUGCAGAUCGCACAGUUGUUACCAUUGCUCACCGCGUGCACACUAUCCUGACGGCAGACCUGGUCAUCGUGAUGAAGCGAGGCAAUAUCCUGGAGUACGAUAAGCCCCAGACUCUCCUGGCACACGAGGAAAGCGUCUUCGCCUCUUUUGUCAGGGCUGAUAUGUAACUCUUCACUGGCCUCCCACACAGUGCAUGAAGCGAGCCUCGCAUUUAAAGAGCAUGGCCAUUCGGGAUGACAGUUACCACACAAAGGGGCAGAUUCUCAAAAGCUACUGUAUUUACUGCAAAUCGUCAGCCAUGCCUUCUUGUUUUUUCCUGAAAGGAAAAAAAGUUAUAUGGUGUCCUGAAAAAACAAAAAAAACACCAAUUACACAAUGAAAAAGAAAAAGGCAUUUAACUUGUUCAUUUUUGGUUUAGUCAUUUUAUUGGGUCCCUUUUUUCUUUUCAGAAAAAAAUGAUGAUUUGGAGUAAAUCACUUUAAGAAUCCAGUCCAAAAUCUUUAGAUAGAUUUGGUUUUUUUUCUUCUUUUUUAUUAUAAAAAAACAAAUAAUACCUUUAAUACAGUAUAUACUUUUAUAAUUCACAAGCAAUAAAUAUAACAACACGUUUGCCAGUUAUAAUUGCGAAUGUUUUUUAUUUGUAUUGAUGAUGUAAUAAUCUGUACACAGCCAGCAAAAUUACCAGCAAAAUUACCAAAACAGAAAUAAACAACUCAGACAGUU